AGAGGAGAAGGGAGGGGAGGAGGAGGAGAGGAGGGGAGGCGAGGCGGGGGGAUGGCGGCGGAGCGGGUGGGCAGGAAGGGACACAGUCCCCGGGAGCCGGGGGCGGCUCUGCAGCGGCGCCAGGCCCGGGUAACAGCGCGCUACGACCGGGGGGAAUUGCAGCGGAGACUCGAGGUGGAGCGCUGGAUGGAGGAGCGGCUGCGGGAACUGUACGGGGAGCAGGCAGACACGUUACUGGAUCUGAGUAUCGACGACUUGUUGGAACUACAGAGUGACGAGGAACGAGGGAACAAAUUGCAGGUCAUGUUCACGCCUUGCAGCCAAAAUACACAUGAAUUCAUUCGAGAGCUGGUAACAAAGCUACAGGGACUUCACAAGGUGCAAGUGCAGAGAGUUGGAUUGGAGGAACCCAAAAGGCACUAGCUGGGACGCUGAUGAGGAUCAGACGGAACCAGCCACUGAGCCCAGCUCACACCCUAACCUCGUGCCAAGUUCUUACAGAGUUGAAGUAAACUAAUACUUGGAAUUCUCGGAACAAACACCACUCACCAAACCGAAAAUAAGCUUUUCAUGGAAGUUAUUUUGCCAAAUAUAUUUUGUUUUGUUUAAUGCUGCUUUGUUGUUUAGAUUAAAGUUUACAAGCACU